CAUGACUGUGGACCCGUCCGCCACCGCCUAUCAGGUGAUGCAGUGCGACGAGGAUGCCCCGGCGGCACCGGCCAACGGCGUGCUCUCGGUGCCGGACCAUCGCACCACGGGCACCAAGGCCACCUACAGCUGCGCCGCCGGCUACGUGUUCUCGGACGGCGCCAGCGAGCGCGUGGAGCUGGUAUGCGGCCACGUCACGCGCGAGUGGGGCUCGCUGGCCGGGCUGGAGUGCGAGCGGCCGCGCACCACCACCACCGGCGGGCCUGAGACCAGCUCCGUCAGCACCACCGAGCUGCCGGUCACCACCGAGCAGGCAGAGCCCGACUACCUCACCCUCGUCACCAUCCCCACCACGGCAGGGCUGCUGCUCAUAUUUCUUAUGAUGAUCUGGUGUGUUCGAACGGAAGGUCCUAUCUGUUCUCUCUUCUCUGAGAAGAAAAAGAGGACGCAAGAAACUCCGUAGUCAUGAAGUCGCCGAUGCCGCAAUGGCAAGAGCCCCAGACAUCUCAGCUUUGGAUGACGGGCUCCCUGUUGACGAGAAUGUCAGCACUUGCUGUUCGUUCGAACAACGUGGAACGGCCAUUAAUAGCAAUGGACUAAGGAUGACGUCUUUAAAGACAUUGUCUCUGGUACUCAAACUGAAGUAAAUGCGCUUCAUGCCGUGCCGACUAGUUAUCACAGCGCCAGCUGACGCGUCACGUUUUCUGCACGCAUGCGCUUACUUUUGCGCCAGUUAUCAACGGCAUAAUUCAGCGGUUUUAUCUUUCAGCAGCAUUUUGGGAAAUUGUGUUGCUUGGGUUUAUGUGCCGGCCACUGCAGAUUUCAUGUUUGUGGCUUCUUGUGUGCACAAUACACAACCGGCCUGAU